ACACACCAGGAAAUGUGUGGAGAGUCGGGCUGAAGAAUCACAACAGACCAACUCACCGCAGCUCCUGGCAGUUCUGUUCCGUGCCGCCAAAAAAGACGUUGUUUUUUUCCCGUGUUAUUACCGUUAACGAACAUGUCCCGGAAAGCCAAAGAAGAAUAUUAUCGCUUCUUUACCGUCAGCGACCCACGUACACACGAGAAGGGGCACACCGAGUACAAAGUGACAGCGAGGUUUGUGUCCAAGCGUCAUCCCGAAGAUGUGAAGGAGGUGGUUGUGUGGAGGAGGUUCUCAGAGCUGAAGAAGCUCCAUGGAGAGUUGGCUUACACCCACAGGAACCUGUUCAGAAGACAGGAGGACUUUCCACCUUUUCCUCGUGCACAAGUUUUUGGAAGGUUUGACGAGGCUGUGAUUGAAGAGAGGAGGAACGCAGCAGAAACCAUGCUUCUGUUUACUACCAGCAUACCUGCACUCUACAACAGCCCACAGCUCAAGGACUUCUUCAGAGGUGGUGAGGUCACAAGACCUCUGGAUCCCUCCCCUCUGUCUUCUGCUGGGCCUCUGCCUCCCCCUCUCAUUCCUCUUCCUAAACGAAGGGCCUCGGACUGUGAACCUGCUGAAGAAGAGGAGGGAAGGGAGGCUCCUACUUUACCCCAGGAUCUGGGCACCAACCUGAGCUUAGAAGUGGGAGAACCGGAAGUAGCAGCUGAGGCCUACAGUGAAAUCGGAGGUUCCCCGACAGAAGAAGAAGGAGAGGAGCUUAGUGAUGCAGAACUGGAUGAUCGAGUUCCAUCUCCUGAACCAUCUCCAGCAAGAAACCACCGACAGUCAGAAGAGACCCAGGAAGAAUUUGAUGCACUGUUUGACUCCGUGGCUGAAGAGCAAAUCCCAUCUCCAAAGGAAGAUGUUCCUCCUCCACUCUCUGAUAAUGACUUGGCUGUCUUUGAUCCCUGCUAUAAAGAAGAUAGAUCAAAUUCCUCCACGGAUCACUCAGAAUUGUUCUCGCUGCCACCAGCCAGUCUGAAUGGAGGCGAGGCAGGAUACUUGAACCAAGCCGCCAGUGAGCUAACAGCUGCCAUGGAGAGGGAGAAGGAGGGAGAAUUUAGUUCUGCCAUUCGUGGAUACCGGACGGCGGUGGAUAUUCUGAUCACUGGAGUUCAGGGAGACCCUGAUCCAGUACGGAAGGAGUCUGUGAUGCGACGGACCGCCCAGUAUCUGAAGCAUGCCGAGAUGUUGGUCGACAGGCACUCCUCACCCACACACACUCAUACACCCACACACACACAUGCACAGGACCCGUAGACCUGCACACAUACCGUAUGUUAAAGCCCACACGAAGACAAAUCAAAGACAGUGAAGCUCAGGGUUGUACUCACAAAAAUGCACAAUGAAGUAUGGCAACACACGAUGUCAGCACAUGUACGUUUGGUCUAAUGAUCCACAACAUUCCCAAACACAAGCUCCUUCAGGUGGGAAGUACUACUGUUCAUGGCACACACUCCUGAGGUACACACUACACUGCAGACUGGUCCUUUAGCUGCCUUUGUUUAGUGAAAAAUAUAUGAUUUAAAACAUCUAAAUAUAUGGAAACUGAAAGUAACCGUACACCUACUGGAUUGAUCGAUGAAUAAUCCAUCUCGCUACCUUUGUCUUGCUUUUAUAAUGUUCUCUUCUUGAAUACAGUAAUGUGUAUGUAUAUCAGUGAUUUGCAUUUUGCACAAUGUUUUGUUAAUAAAUAUGAUUUUAAUUUAA